AUGGCCGAGAAGCAGAAGCACGAUGGGCGGGUGAAGAUCGGCCACUACGUGCUGGGGGACACGCUGGGGGUCGGCACCUUCGGCAAAGUCAAGAUUGGUGAGCACCAGCUGACAGGGCACAAAGUAGCAGUGAAGAUACUGAACAGGCAGAAAAUCCGCAGCCUGGAUGUGGUGGGGAAGAUCAAACGAGAAAUUCAGAACCUGAAGCUCUUCCGGCACCCUCACAUUAUCAAACUGUACCAGGUCAUCAGCACACCAACAGACUUCUUCAUGGUCAUGGAAUACGUGUCCGGCGGGGAAUUGUUUGAUUACAUCUGUAAGCAUGGACGUGUCGAGGAGGCAGAAGCUCGGCGCCUUUUCCAGCAGAUCCUCUCUGCAGUGGAUUACUGCCACAGGCACAUGGUUGUGCACAGGGACCUGAAGCCAGAGAACGUGCUGCUGGAUGCCCACAUGAAUGCCAAGAUAGCUGAUUUUGGACUGUCCAACAUGAUGUCAGAUGGUGAAUUUCUACGCACCAGCUGUGGUUCCCCAAAUUAUGCAGCCCCUGAAGUCAUCUCUGGAAGGCUCUAUGCUGGCCCAGAGGUGGACAUCUGGAGCUGUGGUGUCAUCCUCUACGCCCUCCUGUGUGGCACUCUGCCUUUUGACGACGAGCACGUCCCCACCCUGUUCAAGAAGAUCCGUGGGGGAGUGUUUUACAUCCCUGAGUACCUCAACCGCUCCGUGGCCACGCUCCUCAUGCACAUGCUGCAGGUGGACCCCCUCAAGAGAGCCACCAUCAAGGACAUCAGGGAGCACGAGUGGUUCAAGGAGGAGCUGCCCAGUUACCUGUUCCCAGAGGACCCUUCCUACGACGCCACGGUCAUCGACGACGAGGCGGUGCGGGAGGUGUGCGAGAAGUUCGAGUGCACCGAGUCGGAGGUGAUGAACAGCCUGUACAGUGGUGACCCCCAGGACCAGCUGGCCGUGGCCUAUCACCUGGUCAUCGACAACCGCCGCAUCAUGAACCAGGCCAGCGAGUUCUACCUGGCCUCCAGCCCCCCCACGGGCUCCUUCAUGGACGACAGCGCCCUGCACAUCCCCCCCGGCGUGAAGCCGCACCCCGAGCGCAUGCCGCCCCUCAUCGCCGACAGCCCCAAAGCCCGCUGCCCCCUGGAUGCCCUCAACACCACCAAGCCAAAGCCCCUGACUGUCAAAAAGGCCAAGUGGCACCUGGGCAUCCGCAGCCAGAGCAAACCCUAUGAUAUUAUGGCCGAGGUGUACCGGGCUAUGAAGCAGCUGGACUUCGAGUGGAAGGUGGUCAAUGCCUACCACCUGCGGGUGCGCCGCAAGAACCCCGUCACCGGCAACUACGUGAAGAUGAGCCUGCAGCUCUACCAGGUGGACAACCGCAGCUACCUGCUGGACUUCAAAAGUAUUGAUGACGAGGUGAUGGAGCAGAGGUCGGGCUCCUCCACGCCCCAGCGCUCCUGCUCGGCCGCGGGGUUGCACCGGCCGCGCCUGAGCAUCGACGCAGCGGCGGCGGCCGAGUGCCAGUCGCUGAUGGGCUCCCUGAGCGGCUCCUUCGUGGGCAGCAUCCCCUCGGUGCCCCCACGCCUGGGCAGCCACACCAUGGACUUCUUCGAGAUGUGUGCCAGCCUCAUCAUGGCCCUGGCUCGCUGAUGGCACCGGUGUCUCUGUGAGGAUCUGCGCUGACUCGUCCGC